GACCGGACCAGAAUCGUUUCUACUGCGAUUGUACGACGCAAAUCGAGCAGGAGACGCGGAUCGGGUAGUUACAUGAUGAAAACACUAGAGUUUUAUCACAUGUUGCACAAAUAUCUUGUGGAGGGACAGUUCAUACCGAACUGCAGCAGAAGAGUGCGGAGUGAUAUCCGCCGUGCGUGUGAUAAAUUCAUCAUCAAAGAUGGCCGUCUGUAUUACGUCGGCCCUAACAAGACGUACAUGCGCCUGGUGGUCAUGAGUGAGGAAGAAAAGAAGAUUGCCCUCAGUGAGUGUCAUAAUAACAGUGAGACUGGAAACCAUCACGGUGUAAGAGGCACCAGAAACAGAGUUAUAGCUGGCUACUACUGGCCAACGCUUAUAAAGGACGUAACGGAGUGGGUGAAGUCUUGUGAGCGCUGUCAGAGUAACAUCAGCAAGAUGGGGACACCGACGCUGCAUGCUGUGAAGAAAGCCGUUCCGGUGAAGGUUUUAGUCACCCAAGCUCCUGCUGCUGAGGAAGUCUGUCAUUCGGAAGAUCUGUGUCAAGUAGAGGAAGACCUACAGCAAAGCAGGAUUCCCAUAAUUACAACAAUAGAGGGAGCAACGUCUUCAGAGGAAAUAAAGCCUUAUUUCCGAGUGGUGGUGGGUAGCAUACCGACACUUCUGGAUCCUCCUUUGGCUCAGCAGUUGCUGGGUAAAACUCUUAAUGAACAAAGCACACAGACCUCACACACACCUCACGCACGUGUCACAACAACAGAAAAGGAAGCAGAUAUCAAUUACAUAUAUAAAAGAUAUUUGCUUCAAGAACUAGAAGUAAGGAAAGCAGAUCUCCAGUACACAAAGCUGAAAAUCAGAAAACUGGAGCUGGAAAUAAAGAAAAUGGAGAAAGAAGCUGCACAAGAUCACUAAAAAACACCUUUUUGUAAUACAAUAAAACAUAUAUUACUAAAUACGCCUGUGUGAAUGAAUCUACCUACUAACCUUUAUGCCUACACUCACUGGUCACAUUAUUAGGAAACUGGAUAUACGCUCAUUCAAGAAGGUCUGGGGUGCAGUCAGUGUUCCAGUUCAUACCAAAGGUGUUCAGUGGGGUCGAGUCAGAGUCAGGGCUCUGUCCAGGACACAGUUAUUCCACUUUCUCCAACCUUCACCUCCACACCAUGUCUUCAUGCUUUGUGCACAGGGGCAUUCUCAUGCUGGAACAGGUUUGGGGAAGGAGCACAUAUGGGUGUGAUGGUAACGCAUAUGGUGUAUUCUGUGAGUGUAAGAGAAACACUUCUUAUGUUUAAGAAAAACAAAAAGUGGUGCCCAUAAGGACAUGAGGUUUCAGAUUUAAUCAUUUAAUUGAAAGUGUAAAUUAGUUAUCCAAAUUAUUGUAUGCAUUCAGUCUUGGAGUUCUUGCAAACCAAAUGUUU